UUAGGUCACAUGUCACCAGAUCUCCCAGAUGGAUUCUCCAUAUUUUCACUACUUUUAUUUAAUGAUAAUAGUGUUGAAUUAUUUUAAAGAGCAACCUUUGUUUGUAAAGUGUACGAGGUGCUUCACACGUGUGUGUUUUUAAUUAGAGUGUGUGUGCGUGCGCGCGCGCUCGCGUGAGUGAUGCGCUGAGGCUCUCCAGCAGUGCGCAUCUUCUCCGCUCGCGUCCAGGUGUCACAUUCUUCGGAUGCUUCUGACCAUUUGAACCCGGGACCGAAUCAUCAUGACGGACCAUUCCUCUGCUGCUGACCCCACUGCUGGUCCUGUAGACCCCGGUCCAGGUCCUGCUCCUGUCCCUGAUCCAGCGGUAGUGGAACCAGCAUCGAUUCCCUCAAACGGACACCAUUCGAACCAAGCAGAUACUUUCAACAUGGAGCAGCAGAUGAAAAUAGGAGAGCCGGAAGACAACGGUCUUCUGGAGAGCAGUAUGCGUCUGAAACCCCACGAGGCUCAGAGUUACAGAAAAAAGGCAUUAUGGGUAUCGUGGGUCUCCAUUGUGGUGACGAUGAUCUUAGCCAUCGCUGCGUUCACUGUUUCUGUAAUGCGGCAUAGUGCAUCAGCAUUUGGGUUUGCUUUUGACGCCACUCUCGACGUCCUGUCCUCCAUUAUUGUGAUUUGGCGAUACAGUAACGCCGCAGCCGUCCAUUCAGCACACAGAGAAUACAUAGCAUGUGUUAUCCUUGGGGUCGUGUUCAUCUUGUCGGCCAUCACUAUCCUGGGGAAAGCGAUCCAUGAUCUUGCCACAAAAAUGCAACCAGAAGUGGAUGACUUCCUGUACAGCGUAUCUAUUAUCAGCGGGGUGGUGUGCACGAUUCUGUCCAUCUGUAAGUUCAUGCUGGGGAAAGUCCUCACCAGCAGGGCCCUCAUCACUGAUGGUUUUAACUCCCUAGUUGGAGGUGUCAUGGGAUUCUCCAUCCUAAUCAGCGCCGAGGUGUUCAAACAUGAACCUAGCGUCUGGUUCCUGGACGCGUCCAUCGGGGUUCUGAUCGGACUGAUCAUUCUCGCCUAUGGAGUCAAGUUGUUAAAGGACAUGGUCCCGCGCGUCAGGCAGACGAGACAUUACGAGCGCUUCGAGUAGGAUUCUGAUUCUGGACAACUCAACACACAUAAACACUCGUGUGGAGAUUCUCCUGAGUGGGAAAACACAACACAUACACACACUUGUCCUUGCCUCAGGGCAGACGCAACCACAAACUCCCCCUGUAAAUAUGGAUUUGAAAGGGAAAACUGACAAUUGCAUAUAUAAAAUGUGUAUUACUGUAUUGUUGGAACUGGCAAUGAGCCGUGGAGCUGAAUCAAGACAUCUCAGAAUGUGGCAACCAAUUUGACAUCUGAUAUUUUAAACCCAGAUUAAAUCACAUUCAGUAUGUGUCUCUGAAGAAAAAGGGAUUUAUGGAUUAUGAUUUGUGCAGAUUAUCAAAAGGAAAAAAAAAUAUUUAACAUCUUUAAUUGUUCAGGUUAUGGGGGGGGAAGAGGUUUAUCAGGUAAACUUAACACAGAUUGUAGUUUUUGAUUCGUUUGUUUUAUUUAUUUAAGUUUAUUUAUUUUAUCUCGUAGUUCUUUAGUAGAAAAGAAAGGUUUGCCACGUUUGUGGAAACCUGUAAAAAGUAAUAGACAAUUCAUUAGCUGUCUAACAUAUGAUUUCAAAAUUUUUAACUUUUACAUUCAAACUUAGAUUUCAAUAGUUUCACAAUAGAAAAGCCAAUCAUAUGACUAAAAAACCAAGUAUAGAUGCACAAAUUUAAGUCAUGCCAAAAUAAUUUUGCUAAAAUGUUAAAUUAAUAUAUUGGAAGAGGUGGUGAAACUACAUUUUUACAGGUUUUUUCUUUAUGGGGACCUUGUUAAAACUUAAAUUUGUUUAGUUUUUCCUUGUUAAAAACGUGCCAUCUGAUUGCCUACAUAAACUUUAAAGUAUAAUAUUACUCAACACGGCAUUUUCAUAUCUAAUACUUUAAUAUUUAUUGUAACGUACUUGUCAAUGUCAAAACAUAAUACAUGAAGAAACUUUCAAUACUUAAAGAGCACUAGUCUUAGACUACAAAUCAACUGCUAUCAUUAGAAUAAAAACAUGCCGUUUUAGAAACGCUUCAUUUGCUAGAAUAAUGUCAUUUCAUCUUCCGCACUCCAUUGAAACAGUAAAGUUCUGUGAAGUUCAGUUGUUAUAGCUUAAUCCAGCCUCGCAUUUAGCUUUUGGUGAAACGUGUAACUAUUAAAUGGCACACGAACGCGUUACUCACAGUAACAAAGCCUUAAAACUUGACCCUUCAUGAUGUGAAGUUAUAAGUUCUGAAGUAUUACAUAGACUGUUGUAAUUUUGCCACAAAAUUUGGCUAUUUAAAUGUGUAUUUGGGACAAGCCAAGUUUCUAAGCAUUUUAUGUAGCAAAUAUACCGUAGCUCCGCGGAGCAGAUGUACGUAACAGUGACGUUACAACCAGUCAGAUUACGUAUGUGCUAUCCAGUGGCAGUUCGUAGUUCGAUUGUAGGUGAAAAGCACAUUUCCGCUUUAACGUUUGUGCUUUUUUUGAGAACUGUAUGACUUACGCUGUUUUUUCAGGUGUGUGGUCGAAUUUACCGCUCUGUUAUUUAUUGACAUGUUAAAUACCUUGAGCCCUUGUCAGAGGUACUUGGCACAAGCACACGCCCUUGCAGAUGGGACUUUUUCUUUGCACAGUUUCUAAAACCACAUGUAGAAGUGUGCUGAGGACUUAAAACAGAGGCCCAAAAAUAAACAAAAGAUCGGGGCCACUAUUUGCAUCAUCGCUCGAACAAAACGCUGGCAAAAGCCGAUGUCAAUCCACGCCGGGGCACCGUGGAAUCCGAAUGUCAUGUGAUACAUGAAUGUAUAUACAACUGUGUUGCUGUGGAGUACACAUGUAUAUUUACACAGACAUGUCUGUUGUCACAGAAAAAAACUUUAUUUGAAAAAUAAAGAUAUAUCCUACUGAUUCCUCAAUGAAAAACAAA